CCAACUCUCAUUCAUUUCGCCGGUUAACAUGAGAGAUCAUGGCCGCCUUCGGGCUUCUCAGCUAUGAGCAGAGACCGCUGAAGCGCCCCCGGCUCGGGCCGCCGGAUGUCUACCCGCAGGACCCCAAGCAGAAGGAGGAUGAACUUACUGCUGUGAAUGUAAAGCAAGGCUUCAACAAUCAGCCAGCCUUCACUGGAGAUGAACAUGGCUCAGCCAGAAAUAUUGUAAUUAACCCAUCUAAGAUUGGAGCUUAUUUUAGCAGCAUAUUAGCCGAGAAACUAAAGCUUAACACUUUCCAGGACACCGGAAAGAAGAAACCACAAGUUAAUGCUAAAGAUAAUUAUUGGCUGGUUACUGCUCGAUCUCAGAGUGUAAUUCAUAGUUGGUUCUCUGACUUAGCAGGAAAUAAACCACUUGCUAUUCUGGCAAAAAAGGUUCCCAUCCUUAGUAAAAAAGAGGAUGUUUUUGCAUAUUUAGCUAAAUAUUCAGUGCCAAUGGUCCGAGCAACAUGGCUGAUCAAGAUGACAUGUGCCUAUUAUUCUGCUAUUUCUGAAGCUAAAAUUAAGAAACGUCAGGCUACUGAUCCCAAUUUGGAGUGGACACAAAUCUCUACCAGGUAUCUUCGAGAGCAGUUGGCCAAGAUUUCUGACUUUUACCACAUGGCCUCCAGUACAAGCGACAGCCUUGUGCCUGUGCCACCGGAGGUGGAGCAAGCUAUGAAGCAGUGGGAGUACAAUGAAAAGCUGGCCUUUCACAUGUUCCAGGAAGGAAUGCUAGAAAAACAUGAAUACUUGACAUGGAUCCUAGAUGUUUUAGAAAAAAUUAAACCAAUGGAUGAUGAUCUUCUUAAACUCUUGUUACCACUAAUGCUGCAGUAUUCAGAUGAGUUUGUUCAGUCGGCCUACCUGUCUCGUCGUCUUGCCUACUUUUGUGCCCGGCGUCUUUCCUUGCUGCUGAGUGAUAGCCCCAAUCUCCUUGCUGCUCACUCACCCCACAUGAUGAUAGGACCAAACACCUCGAGCAUUGGGGCACCCAGCCCGGGCCCCCCCGGCCCUGGCAUGAGCCCCGUGCAGCUGGCCUUUUCAGAUUUUCUUUCCUGUGCACAACAUGGUCCCCUGGUUUAUGGACUUAGUUGUAUGUUGCAGACUGUCACUCUCUGUUGCCCAAGUGCCUUGGUGUGGAAUUAUUCCACAAAUGAGAAUAAGAGCAUGAACCCAGGCUCACCCCUGGACCUGUUGCAGGUGGCCCCUUCCAGCCUGCCCAUGCCAGGUGGGAACACAGCUUUCAACCAGCAGGUUCGAGCAAGGAUUUACGAGGUAGAGCAGCAGAUAAAACAAAGAGGCCGUGCAGUGGAAGUUCGGUGGUCUUUUGACAAGUGCCAGGAGUCGACAGCAGGGGUGACCAUUAGUCGGGUUUUGCACACAUUGGAAGUCUUGGAUCGUCACUGUUUUGACCGAACUGAUUCCAGCAAUUCAAUGGAGACACUCUAUCAUAAGAUUUUCUGGACAAACCAAAACAAAGACAACCAAGAGGUUGCCCCCAAUGAUGAAGCAGUGGUGAUGCUGCUGUGUGAAUGGGCUGUGAGCUGUAAGCGGUCAGGCAAGCACAGGGCCAUGGCCGUGGCAAAACUUUUGGAGAAGAGGCAAGCAGAAAUUGAGGCAGAGAGAUGUGGUGAAUCAGAGGUCUUAGAUGAGAAGGAGUCCAUAUCUUCAGCCUCUCUUGCUGGAUCUAGUUUGCCUGUUUUCCAGAAUGUUCUCCUGAGGUUUUUAGAUACACAGGCCCCUUCAUUAUCGGAUCCGAACAGCGAAUGUGAAAAGGUAGAGUUUGUGAACCUGGUGCUGUUAUUCUGUGAGUUCAUCCGCCAUGAUGUCUUCUCCCACGAUGCUUAUAUGUGCACCCUCAUAUCUCGAGGGGACUUGUCAGUCACUGCCUCGACACGGCCACGCUCACCAGUAGGAGAAAAUAUAGACGAACAUUAUUCAAAGGACCAUGAUGUGAAAAUGGAGAUUUUCUCUCCCAUUGCUGGAGAGUCCUGUGAGAAUGCCAACCCUUCUUUGGGAAGAAGAAUGUCGGUUAAUGGUGAGAAGCUGAUGAAGAGGGAGAAGCCACGGGAGAUAAUUUUUCCAUCUAAUUAUGACCUCCUCCGUCACUUGCAAUAUGCAACCCAUUUCCCUAUACCUCUGGAUGAAUCUUCAAGUCAUGAAUGUAACCAGCGCACAAUCCUUCUCUACGGAGUUGGCAAAGAGCGUGAUGAAGCAAGGCAUCAGCUGAAGAAGAUUACCAAAGAUAUCCUGAAAAUUCUAAACAAGAAGAGCACCACAGAGACAGGGGGUGGGGAGGAAGGACAAAAAGCCAGAAAGAGCAAGCAAGAAGCAUUUCCAACACUGGAGACUGUGUUCACAAAACUUCAGCUCCUUUCUUACUUUGAUCAGCAUCAAGUGACAUCUCAGAUCUCUAACAAUGUGCUGGAACAAAUCACAAGCUUUGCAUCGGGAACAUCCUAUCAUCUACCUCUGGCUCACCAUAUUCAGCUUAUCUUUGAUCUCAUGGAGCCAGCGCUGAACAUCAAUGGACUAAUUGACUUUGCAAUACAGCUACUGAAUGAACUGAGUGUUGUGGAAGCUGAACUGCUCCUAAAAUCUUCCAGCCUGGCAGGAAGUUACACAACGGGACUGUGUGUCUGCAUUGUGGCUGUUCUGAGGCGGUACCAUAGUUGUCUGAUUUUGAAUCCUGAUCAAACAGCCCAGGUGUUUGAAGGGUUGUGUGGUGUGGUCAAGCAUGUUGUUAACCCCUCAGAAUGUUCUUCCCCUGAAAGAUGCAUCUUAGCCUACCUCUAUGAUCUCUACGUGUCAUGUAGCCACCUCAGAAGUAAAUUUGGAGACCUCUUCAGUAGUGCCUGUUCAAAAGUAAAGCAAACCAUAUAUAAUAAUGUGAUGCCUGCAAACUCUAACUUGCGAUGGGAUCCUGACUUCAUGAUGGACUUCAUUGAGAAUCCAUCGGCACGUAGCAUCAACUAUUCAAUGCUCGGCAAGAUCCUUAGUGACAAUGCGGCCAAUCGCUACAGCUUUGUGUGCAAUACACUUAUGAAUGUAUGCAUGGGCCAUCAGGAUGCUGGAAGGAUUAAUGACAUAGCCAAUUUCUCCUCCGAGCUGACAGCUUGCUGCACUGUUCUUAGUUCUGAAUGGCUGGGAGUUCUGAAGGCUCUUUGUUGUUCCUCAAAUCAUGUGUGGGGAUUUAACGAUGUUCUCUGCACUGUAGAUGUGAGUGACCUUUCAUUCCAUGAUUCAUUAGCUACUUUCAUUGCUAUUCUGAUAGCACGACAGUGUUUUUCCCUGGAGGACGUCGUGCAGCACGUUGCACUUCCCUCUCUCCUAGCAGCAGCUUGUGGAGAUGCGGACGCGGAGCCUGGGGCGAGAAUGACAUGUCGACUCCUGCUUCAUCUCUUCCGAGCUCCUCAAGCCUGCUUAUUACCUCAAGCAACAGGCAAGCCUUUCCCUGGAAUAAGAUCAUCUUGUGAUCGACACCUCUUAGCUGCUGCUCACAACAGCAUCGAAGUGGGAGCUGUGUUUGCUGUCUUAAAAGCAAUUAUGAUGCUUGGAGAUGCCAAAAUUGGCAAUAACAAUGUCAGUUCUUUGAAGAAUGAUGACUUCACCAUGAGGGGUUUAAGGCGUGAUGGGAAUGCUGAUGAUCUCUGGACUGCCUCACAAAACUCAAAAUCCUGUGGGAAAAGCAUUUCCAUAGAAACUGCUAAUUUAAGAGAAUAUGCUAGAUAUGUACUGAGAACUAUCUGUCAACAGGAAUGGGUAGGAGAACAUUGUUUAAAAGAACCUGAAAGACUAUGUACAGACAAAGAACUGAUAUUGGAUCCUGUGCUUUCAAAUAUGCAAGCACAGAAGUUACUACAGCUUAUCUGUUAUCCCCAUGGUAUCAAAGAAUGUACCGAGGGGGACAACCUGCAAAGACAACACAUUAAGCGCAUUCUUCAGAAUCUUGAGCAGUGGACACUGAGGCAGUCUUGGCUAGAACUUCAGUUAAUGAUCAAACAGUGUCUGAAGGACCCUGGUUCUGGGUCUGUGGCUGAAAUGAACAACUUACUGGACAAUAUUGCAAAGGCGACAAUCGAGGUAUUCCAGCAGUCGGCUGAUUUAAACAAUAACUCUUCUAAUUCUGGUAUGGGCCUCUUCAACCCAAACAGUAUUGGAAGUACUGAUACAAGUAGCACAAGACAGAAUGGAAUAAAGACAUUUCUAAGCUCCUCUGAACGCAGGGGUGUAUGGCUGGUGGCCCCCUUGAUUGCCAGGCUGCCGACUUCUGUGCAAGGAAGAGUGUUGAAAGCUGCUGGGGAGGAGCUGGAGAAGGGACAGCACCUGGGUUCCUCUUCCAAAAAGGAAAGAGACAGGCAAAAACAGAAAAGUAUGUCUCUUUUGAGUCAACAGCCUUUCCUCUCAUUGGUACUUACCUGCCUUAAGGGACAAGAUGAACAACGGGAAGGCCUCCUAACAUCUCUCCAGAAUCAAGUUAAUCAGAUUUUAAGUAACUGGAGAGAAGAACGGUACCAAGAUGAUAUAAAAGCACGGCAGAUGAUGCAUGAGGCAUUGCAACUUCGUCUGAAUUUGGUAGGAGGAAUGUUUGAUACGGUACAAAGAAGUACCCAGUGGACAACAGACUGGGCCCUCCUACUCCUUCAAAUAAUUACUUCAGGAACUGUUGACAUACAUACUAACAAUGAAUUAUUCACAACAGUUCUUGACAUGCUGGGUGUUUUAAUCAAUGGAACAUUAGCCUCUGACCUGUCAAGUGCAUCCCCAGGGGGAUCUGAAGAGAACAAACGUGCAUACAUGAAUUUAGUAAAGAAACUGAAAAAAGAGCUAGGAGACAAGCGGUCAGAAAGCAUUGACAAAGUUCGACAGUUGCUACCUUUGCCGAAACAGACAUGUGAUGUCAUCACUUGUGAGCCUAUGGGUUCUUUGAUUGAUACAAAAGGAAACAAAAUUGCUGGAUUUGACUCUAUAGAUAAAAAACAGGGUCUCCAGGUAUCUACGAAGCAGAAGGUGUCCCCAUGGGAUUUGUUUGAGGGUCAGAAGAACCCAGCUCCUCUUUCCUGGGCCUGGUUUGGGACUGUCCGAGUAGACCGAAAGGUGAUCAAGUAUGAGGAGCAGCAUCACCUCCUUUUGUAUCAUACACACCCCAUGCCCAAGCCCCGAAGUUACUACCUCGAGCCACUGCCCCUGCCUCCCGAGGAGGAAGAGGAAGAGCCCACGUCUCCCAUCUCUCAGGAACCAGAAAGGAAAUCAGCUGAGCUGUCAGAUCAGGGAAAAACCACAAUGGAUGAAGAGAAGAAAACAAAGGGAAGGAAGCGCAAGACGAAAUCAAGCUCCAGGGUUGAUGAAUAUCCGCAGAGCAGCAUUUACCGAGUGCCUCCUAAUUACUCACCCAUUUCCUCCCAAAUGAUGCAUCAUCCGCAGUCCACUUUAUGGGGUUACAACCUCAUGGGCCAGCCCCAACAGCCUGGCUUUUUCCUUCAGAAUCAAUCUCUUACUCCAGGUGGCUCCAGACUGGACCCUGCGGGUUCCUUUGUCCCCACAAACACCAAACAAGCACUGUCAAACAUGCUGCAGCGGCGCUCAGGUGCCAUGAUGCAGCCACCUGCCCUCCAUGCGAUCACAUCGCAGCAGCAGCUGAUACAGAUGAAGCUUCUGCAGCAGCAGCAGCAGCAGCAGCAGCAGCGGCUUCUCAGGCAAGCCCAGACUCCACCUUUCCAACAGGGCCAGCCGGGGGAUCAGGCAGCUCUCUUUGCUGCACAAGCUCGGCCCUCCCCUCAGCUCCCUCAGUAUCCAGGGCUGCAGCAAGCACAGACCAUGCCCCAGGGUUAUACGAUGUACGGAACGCAGAUGCCUUUGCAGCCGACACCACAACAGCAGGCUGGCAGCGUGGUCCUCUCCCCCAGCUAUAACUCCAGGACCUACCCGGCAGCACAUUCCAACCCCACAUUGAUGGAGAGACUCAGACAGAUGCACCAGCAGCCCACUGGCUAUGUUCAGCAGCAAGCCUCACCAUACUUGCAGCCCUUGACUGGCUCUCAGAGACUGAAUCAUCAGUCCCUACAGCAGAGCUCUCUAGUGGGCGGGGCCAUUGAUGCCGUGCUGACUUCUGCACAUCCCAACCUCCCCUCGGUGCCGCUGCCUCAGGACCCAAUGAGGCCCAGACAGCCGCAAGUUCGACAGCAGCAGAGACUCCUCCAGAUACAGCAGCCUCCCCAGCCCCCACAACCCCAGCAGCCCUCGCAGUCCCAGGGUCAGACCCUUGGUCUCCAAGCAAUGCAGUCGCAACAGCCUUUGUUUCCCAGGCAAGGCUUGCAGCAGACCCAGCAGCAGCAACAGACGGCUGCCUUGGUGCGGCAGCUCCAGAAACAGCUUUCUAGUAACCAGCCACAGCAAGGAGUAACUCCCUACGGGCACCCUUCACACUUCUGAAUCUGGAAGGAGGAGAAGACAAGAAGUUAUAUGUUUGCACUGAAAUAAUGGAAAAUCAAAUUUAUCACAUUAGUCAUUCUUAGAAAUAUCCCUUUGUUCUUUUAUUUCUUUGAAGUUUUCCUCUGUUUUAUGCUACAUUUCAUACAAAGGUGUUGCAACAAAAAGCAAAGGAGAAGUUGUUGUCUGGUUUUGUUGCAUUCAGCAUUAAAGUAGAUGUAAAAACGUGGCUCACCCCAGGAAGAGUUUGGUAGCAGACCUUUUGAAAUUGGUGCUUUUCUGAAACUCAUUUACAGAAAGAAUGAAUGAUUGUGGAUUUCUAAUAUUUAUGUAUUCAUUUUUGGUGAAGAUUUUUUUCUCCCCCCAAACUGGCGGACCAAACUCCUAAUUUGAAAGGCAUGUUGGAUCAUGAUGGAGAAGUUGACCCAUUCAUUCUUUAUUCACCUUUGAUGAUGAAAUGGACAUUUAUUUGCAUCACCUUAAUUUGAAAUGUUUGUAAUUUCAUAAGCACUUUAUAAACUUUGUUCUUAUUUCAGUAGGAUUGUUUGCUUUCAUCAUGGUCAAAAGGUGCUGAAACAGAUUGUUGCUUAGUACUUAAAUUACUGAAGGCUUCUAUGAGCACCACCUAGGAUGUGUGGAAGCCUGUUAGAAGUAGCCAGUUUGUUUUCAGUGGCAAGAUCAUUGGCCAGAAUCUUUGUGAAGGUACAAAAUGUAAGUUCUGGAGACCUGAAUGAAACCACAGUGGAAUUAUUCCAGUCAUUAUUGCCAGAUUUGACAAAAAUGACUGUGUUCAUUUUGGGUCCUCUUGAACCUUAUGCCAACUUGAAAAAGAAAAAAAUAAGAAAAUCUCCCAGCUGGCCUGAGAUUCCACAGUGCUCAAACUUGACAUGCUUCCCAGAGAAUCUGGCCCCAAAGUCCAGGAGACUCUGGUUUUCAUAAUAGUAUAUUUGCUGUUUAUUUUGUAUGGUAAGUAUUUGCUAUUUUGAAUUUAAUUAUUGUUGGUGUCAGUCAUGGUUGUGUAUUGCAUAUACUGUAUUUAUAAAUUGGUGCAAAAAGCACAAGUAAAUUAUACAUGAAAUUUAUUAUAAAGAAAUAGUAACUAUUUUAACUUUGUUCAAGUAUGUGGUAAUUUGCUCCUACUAGAGUUAAAAAAAAAUACAGUAAAUUAUUAUCAGUUGGUGUAACUUAAGA